UAUUCGGAGGGAGAGGGGGGAGGGAGAGAGAGAGAGAGAGGGAGACAGCUCCAGAUGGAGAUGGGUGUUUUUUGAUCUUAUCUCCACUUUCUCUCUCCUGAUCUUCCUGAUCCUGACGUCAGCGCCAGCACAGAGAGAGAGAGAGAGACACGAAAGAAGGAAUCGCCCCCUCGAAUAUUCAACCCUUUCUUUCCUGAAAUCCCUUCCCCCACCACCAUCAAAGAUUCGUUCUAUACGCGACGCCCCGACCUCGAUCCUUCUUUCUACGCCCUCCGAUUUCUCUUCUCCUGCAUCUCUCUCUCUCAUCGUUUUUGUUUCUUCCUCUCCAAGUUUAUUCCUUCUUUGAUUCCUGAUACUGCUUAGAUCCUGCUAUUCUCUAUCUUUUCCAGCUUUUUACGGACCCGUCGAUGUUGUAAAACAAAAGCCUCCUUUUUUUAAUGGUUCUCAUCUACUCUCCUCCAUUUCUAUUCUAGAAUCAGAAUUUCUUCUUCUUCUCUUCUUAUCCUUCUCAUCCUUCUUCUAAGCCUCAGAACUCAGAGGAUUCAGAAUUGAUCGAUAAAAUUAAAAUGAACCCACAACCGACCAUGACCAUCAUGGCUAAUUAUACAGAAAAUGCGCACAAGUGUCAGACUUACAUGGAAGCCUUGGAGGAAGAACGUCGUAAGAUCCAGGUCUUCCGUCGCGAGCUCCCUCUCUGUCUGGAACUUGUUACUCAAGCCAUCGAGACAUGCAGACAGCAGCUUGCUACCACCACAGAGUAUUUUCCUGGACAAUCUGAAUGUUCAGAGGAGACAUCAAGCGAAGCUCCUGUGUUGGAGGAAUUUAUUCCUUUGAAACGGUGUUUCUCUUCCGAAGAAGACGAAGAAUCAAACAAGCCCAAGAACGAGGACAUAAAUGAGAAACCAGGCAAGAAGGCUGACUGGUUGAAAUCUGUCCAAUUAUGGAACCAAGACCCAGAUCCAUCCCUAAAUCAGAAUUUACAGGAUCUUAGUCGGAAGCCAUCGGUGAUUGAGUCGAAGAAAGGUGGAGGCGCAUUUCAUCCAUUUCAGAGAGAUGAUAAACUCACAGCACCAUCUAUAACGGUGAUACCAUCGUCAGCCCAAACAACUGCUGCAAUCAGCUCUACUGCUGACACAAUUAAUGGCGACAACAGAGGAGAAGAUAAAUCACAGUCAAACAGGAAGCCCAGGCGAUGUUGGUCUCCGGAACUGCACCGGCGAUUCUUACAUGCCCUUCAACAGCUUGGUGGUUCUCAUGCUGCAACGCCUAAGCAGAUUAGGGAACUGAUGAAAGUAGAUGGGCUUACAAACGAUGAAGUCAAAAGCCACUUACAGAAAUAUAGGUUGCAUACAAGACGACCCAGUCCGGCGGUGCAGAACAACGGCAGCCCCCAACCACCUCAGUUUGUAGUGGUCGGAGGUAUAUGGGUACCACCCCAUGAUUAUGCUGCAGCUACAGAAACCAAGGGAGAGCUAAAUGGGGUUUCUGGGGUUACUGCUCAUCCGACGAUAUAUGCUCCAAUAACUGCACCCUCGGUACCGACUGUGCGCUCUGAGCAGCGACAGAAGCUAUCUCCAAGGUCGCCAUUACAAGCAGAAGGGAGGAGCAGUUGCAAGAAGGAUGACGACACUCAUUCCAAUUCACCUUCUACCUCUUCUUCCAGCCGAUCCUAUUAAUAGAGGCCAUGUCCAUGAGAGAGAGAGAGAGAGAGACUCUCAAGUUUUGUAACGUAAUCCAAGUGGCGUUUUUGUUUUUUGUUUUUUUUUUUUGUAAUAUGAUAAAUAACGAAGAAAGAAGAUAGAACUUGAUCUCAAGUUUUUGUUUCAAUUUGUUGUUUUGUCUUAUAAUCAAUCACACAGCAUUUCCUGUUUUUGUCUUUUGUUCCAUAAUCACAGCCUCAGCUCAGAGCUCAGGUUGAUGUUUGGCUUUUACGCUUCAAGUAACCUUUGUAUUUAUUUUUUAUUUAAUUAACCUGUUUUUGCUGUCAUUUGUUCA